UCAGUUGAGUAUCUCAGCAUGGACACGACGUACGUUCGACAUGUGGAGCUGCUGGGCUUCGAGAAACGCUUCUUCCCGAGUCAGCAUUACGUGUACAUGCUAAUGGUGAAAUGGAGUGACCUGUCUGAAAAGCUCAUCUACAGGACGUACCCUGAGAUCCACAGUUUCCACAAAAUCUUGAAGGAGAUGUUUCCCAUCGAAUCUGGCCAAAUUGAAAAGAAAGACAGAAUCAUUCCUUCAUUACCAGCUCCCCGGUGGGUGGACAGUCAGAAGUCCACAGAGACCCGGCAGAGUACCUUGGCUGAGUACUGCCACUCACUGGUCAACCUGCCGCCCCACAUCUCCCGCUGCAAACACCUGUCCACCUUCUUCAGGGUUCGACCCGAGGACGAAAAUCCGCCGGCACCGAACCUGUCAAAGAGAAACGAGACGCUUGUGUCCAGAGAAAAAAACAGAGAGGUCGCAUCAGAGAUUUCUGGUCCCAUCAUUUUGGACACCUACAGAGUGAUUGCAGACUUCAACAAGACGUCCAAACACGAGAUCAACCUGCACACCGGAGACUUGGUGGAAAUUGUGGAGAAAAAUCCCAAUGGUUGGUGGUUCUGCCAGAGUGAGUCCAAACACGGCUGGGUUCCUGCGUCCUACCUGGAGCCUCUGGAUGGUCCAGAGGAGACUGAAGACGCACAACCCAACUAUGAAGGAGAGCUGUACGUCACCGUCAAAGCCUACGAGGCCGAGGAAGAGGACGAAAUAUCUCUGCAGCUUGGCCAAACCAUUGAGGUCAUCCAUAAGCUGCUGGAUGGUUGGUGGGUCAUCAGGAAAGGAGUGGAAACCGGCCACUUUCCCUCCAUAUUCCUGCAGCCAGCUGGUAACGGUGUCAAAGCUGGACCUUUGAGGACGAACCUGCAGGGACAGAAACCGCCGCCGCGCCGUUCUACCAUCCGAAAUGCCCAGAGCAUCCACAGCCGGGCUCGCCAGCGGCUCAGCCAAGACGCCUACCGCAGGAACAGCCAUCGCUACCUCCAGCAGAAGGGCCGCCACCUUGACCAACCUCGAAAGAACUCCAAGAACCCUCCAAAGUCCCCGUUGAGGGAGCGAAAGAACCAGAACAAUGUCCCUGAGACGCCGGGUUCCAGUUCAGAGGCCGAGGUGAAGAAACCGACUCCGGUGAUCCCUCCUCGGCCCAGUCAGGAGUUGAUCCUGGAACGCUGCACCGACAACACCCGCAAAAAAGUCAGCAUGCACAAGACACGGCCCGACUCCAGGAGCUAAACGUGGCCGUGAAAUAACAGCAUUUGUGCUCUUCUUCAUUUAUUUGACUUUCACUGUUGAAGCAGGAAAAGGUUCAAGUGAAAGAUCAGAGAAGGAAUGUGAUGAAAGGGAGGAAUUGUUCCAAACAAAAGAGGUUUUGUCUGUAGGGAUUUUAGUUGGAGAAAAAAAA